AUGUUAGCCAGUCCAAGUCUUCACAGCUCCUAUUUGGAUGAGUCCUCUUCUUCCUCUAGUCGUCAUCAACGUCAUAGCAGUCGAACUGCCAAUUCAACGUCCUCAUCUACUUCAUCUCGUCGAAAACUUCGUAGUACCAUGAUAGCAACAGACAUAAAUUCAGGUAUUGAACAAUCUCGAAGUUUCUUAACUGGUACAAAUUAUCAACAACAUCAACAAAUAUUUGAUGAGUCAUUUACAUCGAUAAAACCUACGUCAGUUCAAUCGGAUCAAGAAGAAGAUGGUGAUAAUACUUUGUUAUCACAUCGACAUCAUUUACGUAGACAAUCAACUCAACGUCAGUUAGUUAAAAAUCAACCAAAAUCUGUUACAAUGAGAAAACGUCGAGUUAAAAGAUUAACUAUAGAAGAAGACAAUCAAUCACAUGCAGCAGCAGUAGCAGCGAACAAAAAACAAUCUGAACAAAAUAUUCAACAAGAUUUCGGUAAUCUAAAGUGUAGAGAAAGUUGUCACUAA